AUGGUGUGAUCCGAAAAUACCGCGGUCGAAAUGAAAAUGUUGCCAAGGUAGCAGAGGAAAAUGGGAGUAAAUCCCCCUGCGUUUUCUGGCUAAAUUACGCUUUAACACUUUUCUAAGUCCUGGAAGACCUUCAGUCAACACACGCCUUGAAAAUGCCAAAGAAACGGGACGACGAAGCGACCAAACAAGCUAUCGCUGAGAAGGUGAAACAGAUCCAAAGUAAGCAGGCGAGAUGGAUGCAGGAGAGGAAACAGCAGCUGGACCGGGGAGGAGGAGGAGGAGGAGGAGGGAGGCAGCAGUCACAGACAGGACAGACUAGGGGGAGAGGUACUACAGGACAGAGGGGGGCGGUAGACAGGAAGGACAAGAAACCAGCUGCACAGUCUACAACUACAAAUACAGCAUAUAUACCAUGGAUUUCCAAGAAUGACAUCGACAAGCAGUUCCAACAAAAGUCCUCAAGAUCUCAGCCUCCCAAACCGUCAAGUGCACCAACAAUAACAGGGAAGUCCAGAAAAACAGAAACGAAAACAGCAACCUCACAGAGUGAAAGAAAAUUAUCCACACAAAGGCCAAAAAGUGCAAACAGAACACUGGAGAGACCACAGACUUAUACAAAAGGGUCUUUCAAUGAAGUAAAUGGUAAUACAUUAAAUAGCAAACAGAAUGUCAGACAAACAGAUUCAGAGAAUGGAACGCAAGAUGAAGAAGAAAUAGUGCCUAACACACAUACAUCUGACAUUGUACAUACUACUGAAUUCCCAAAGCAAGACAGUGUCUCUUCAGCAAGAGAAACUUUGCACAAACUCAAUUUAAAACAUGACAAGGUUGGAAAUGAUGUGCAAGAAGAUGUAGAAAGAACAGAGGACCAAUCAGGAUCGAGAAGUGCAAGAGCUCGAGCUAUGUUGUCUCCAGACAUGUUUGAUGCGUUGGCAGAUCAGAUAGCCAACAGACUGAAGGUGAGAAUGGAUAAACCAGCAAGCAGGGAAGACUCAGGAGUCACUCAGGAAACAAGCAUUGACACACACAAGUGUCAGGUCUGCUCUUCUCUUAUGGUUCCCCCAGACCACCGGCCCAUGUUGGUUAUCCCCUGUGGUCACACCUUCUGUACUGCCUGUGUCAGACAUACAGACACCUGCCCUGGGUGUGGACAGGAAGUGUCAUCCCUCACUUGCAACAUCAUGCUUCAGCAGAUAAUUGUAGAAUACAAAAACAAGAGAAAGCCAAAAACAAGGGAACACUCAAACAUCCACAUAACCAGUGCCAACCAUACAUACGCUCCGCAAAAGUACUCAGGCGGCACUAGCAGAUUUGAUUCCUUGGGUGAAGAAAACAGAACUGCACCCAGGAGAGACUCUGGUUCCCAUGGCGAUGGUAAACAUAAGGGUUACCAUGGUAACAGAGGUGAGGACUAUGUGGAGAAGUACCACACCCUGACUGUGAGGUGUGAGGUGCUGGAGACAGAGGCUGAUGGGAUCAGGGGGAAGAUGGAGACGGUUGCUAAGCAACUAGAGAGGGAACAGAAACAAGUUGCUGCAAUAGAAAAGCAAGAAGAGAACCUAAAGGAACAGAUUAAGAUUUUGGAAGAGAAAAUCAGCAGUCUCCAGAGUCAUAAAGAAGGUUACAAAGACACCUGUAAUGAGUUAGAGGGACAACACUUUAACCUGGCCUCCAAGUUAUCUAUGGUGGAGGAUACUCUACAGUCACUGACACUGGAGAGGGAUAAGGUGAGGAUCCUGGCUUACAACUUUGAUCCAUCUAUUAACAUAGACAAUGACUGACAUCUCCACCAAUUAACUUUAGAACAGCAAACUAUACAAGACAGUAUACCAGGCUCAAGAAUGGUAUUGAGGUGUACAUGUAGUAUAAUUACCUCAGGGAGAAUGUAUGAUCUAGAUUCUGUAUCAUGCUUUCAUUGAAUCAAUUAUUUGAAAAAAAACACAAACAUCUGAAAUAAACAUAAUUGGUGCCAUGAUUUCUUAGAACUGUAACCUGACAUGAUAACCAAUAUUUCAGUUUAUGCAUA